AUGCUACGUAUUCACGACCUGCAGCCGCUGCACAUGAGACCAGAUUACUACGCUAAAGCAGCAGGCACGCUGAGUUCUCUCAGCGUCAUCGAAGCUACUGACUACAAUGAAGCGAAUAAGACUGUUAAGCGCCAGGGUAAGCAUUGCUACGUGGUGCAGUGCUCGCUGAAGAUCCGUAUGUCCAUGUCGCACGGCUUGGCCAAGCCAAGUGUUGUCAGAACAUCACGGAGCUGGCACUGCCCUCAUCCGGCCUGCAGAACUCAGACGUUCAAAAGGGACCGAGCCAGAGCUUGUCGCUGCGCCGACUUGCACGCGAGCUCAGUGAAUACGGGGCUAAAGCUUGCGCUGCUGGAAAUCUCGGCAGCAUUUUGUAAUGUACACUAG